AUGGGAAACUCAAGCUCCAAGGAAGGAGGGGGUGGCUCAUCGUCCAGGUUGGGCUCCGGCGCCGACAGGGGCUCGGACGGUCUGCAGUCUUAUCCUUCAUUCAGCCGAUCCGACACUAAAGAAUCUUCUCGAUCCUUUCGUUCACUGCGGUCCAAGAUUCCGGGAUCCGGGCGGACCGAUAGUCCUAGAAACUCAACCAUCAUCACCAACGGCGAUUUUGGCGACAAGUCGGAUGCCGCCUCUGUGAAGAGCGCACUGUCGCGACCAGGCCGUACCGACUCCAACCUAUCGGCAACUUCUCCUACCGACACGAUCCAAUCGCCAAUCGACGAGCCGCAACCGCCCCCUUCUCCGGUGCACGCGUCCCACAAGCAAGGUGCCAAACACGAUGUGAGCGCCGCGCAAGCCUCUGGGGAGGUCGACCAUGUAUCAGAUCAACCCCCUGGCCAAGGUGGCGUUCCCAACCCCACGGCCCAGAGCCAGACUCCCGGCCAAUCCAUUUUGGUCAAGCGCGAGGACGCAGUCAACCCCGUGAGGUCAGCGGGGACUCCUCGCGAGGACGGUGUUGCCAUGAGUGAAAUUAAGGAUAUAGAUCUUGAUGAUUUCAUCAAGCGGCUACUAGACGCGGCUUAUGCCGGUAAGGUCACAAAGAGCGUCUGCCUUAAAAAUGCCGAGAUUUCGGCAAUCUGCCAUCGCGCGAGGGAGUGCUUCCUUUCGCAACCCGCGCUUCUGGAGCUGGACGCCCCCGUCAAGAUUGUCGGCGACGUUCAUGGCCAGUACACGGAUCUGAUCCGCAUGUUUGAGAUGUGCGGCUUCCCGCCAAACUCGAACUUUUUGUUUUUGGGCGACUACGUCGAUCGAGGCAAGCAAUCACUCGAGACCAUCCUACUCCUCCUCUGCUACAAGCUUAAAUACCCCGAGAACUUCUUCUUGCUGCGGGGAAACCACGAAUGCGCUAAUGUCACGCGCGUGUAUGGCUUCUACGACGAAUGCAAGCGCCGCUGUAACGUCAAGGUAUGGAAGACUUUUAUCGACACGUUCAACACGCUCCCUAUUGCCGCAAUUGUGGCCGGCAAGAUCUUUUGUGUCCACGGCGGUUUGUCACCGGCUUUGGUGCACAUGGACGACAUCCGCAACAUCGCCCGGCCUACCGAUGUGCCCGAUUACGGACUACUCAACGACUUACUGUGGUCCGAUCCGGCAGACAUGGAACAAGACUGGGAAGCGAACGAACGCGGCGUCAGCUACUGCUUUGGCAAAAAGGUUAUCACUGAGUUCCUGGCUCAACACGACUUUGACCUCGUGUGUCGGGCGCACAUGGUGGUGGAAGAUGGAUAUGAGUUUUUCAAUGAUAGGGUUCUUGUGACGGUUUUCAGCGCCCCCAACUACUGCGGUGAAUUUGACAACUGGGGUGCCGUCAUGUCAGUAUCAUCAGAGCUACUGUGCAGCUUCGAACUGCUCAAGCCGCUCGACUCCAACGCACUGAAGAGCCACAUCAAGAAGGGAAGGAACAAGAGGCAGCACAUGCUCAACAGUCCGCCUGCGAGCGUAUACCCACAAAGCGUAUAG